UAGAAUUUAGGAGCUAAUUUUUGGAUUAUCGGAACGCAACCAUGGUCUGGCAGUUAAAGGGUUAAUGUAGAUUCAGCAGAUUCAGCAGAUCCGCUUCCUCUUCCUGGGAUGGUCAUAUGACCGUCAGAGAGCACACACUCUCACACACACAAACACACACACACACUUUAUACUGUAUGCUCCACAGCAGUACUUCACUACUCGAAGGAGCCAUGUCUGCAGUGAAGCUGGAGGAGUUUCGAGAGCGGAUUCGUAAAGAACUGGACACCACAGUGGACUUCUGGCUCCAACACUCUCACGACCCUUUGCAUGGAGGCUUCUUCACCUGUUUGGGGAGGGAUGGGGAGGUUUAUGAUGAGCUGAAGUACGUCUGGCUACAGGGGAGACAGGUGUGGAUGUAUUGCCGUCUGUACAGAACAAUGGAUCGCUUCCAUAGGCCUGAAAUCCUCGAAGCAGCAAAAGCAGGAGGAGCAUUCCUGAGGAAGUUCACUCGUGUCCCCGGCGCCGGCAGUGGCCAGUGGAAGUGUGCCUUCUCCUUAACUAGAGACGGAAAAGCAGUGAAGAUUCAGAGGACUAUUUUCAGCGAGUGCUUUUACAUUUUGGCCAUGGACGAACUGAGCAGGGUUACUGGGGACAAGGACAUGCAGCUGGAGGCUGAGCAGAUGAUGGAGCAGCUGAUCAGCUGGGUGCGGGAGGACCCGGCAGGCCUGGGCCGGCCCCAGCUUCCUGGAGACGUCCCCACCAACAGUAUGGCAGUUCCCAUGAUGCUGUUGUGUCUGGUGCAGCAGCUCACUGAAGGCGGGGGGGCAGAGGUCGUUCAGAAGUACACAGAGCUGGCCAGCUGGUGUGUGCAGCAGAUUCUGCAACACAUCCAGAGAGGCGGCACAGCUAUUUUAGAGAAUGUGUCUGUGGAUGGAGCAGAGCUGCCGGGGUGCCAGGGCCGGCUGCAGAACCCAGGCCACGCCCUGGAGGCCGGCUGGUUCCUGCUCCAGGUCAGCGCCCAGCAGAAGGACGAGGCUCUCCAGAGGACGGCCAUCGACAAGUUCAUGGAGCUCCCCUAUCAGAACGGCUGGGAUAAAGAGCAUGGCGGCCUCUUCUACUUCCUGGAUGUUGACGGUCACUGCCCCACACAGGUUUCCGAUGAUGCAUGCCAGUAUUAUGUGGCAUAUAGUGUAAACCUAAAGAUCCCUGCCCCCCAUCGAAAAGACAAAUACAGGACUAUGGAGUUGGAAUGGAAUAUGAAGCUGUGGUGGCCCCACUGUGAGGCCCUCAUCGCCUUCCUGAUGGCCUACAGUCACACCAGGGAGCCCGCACUCCUGCACAGGUUCUCUGAAGUCUUUGAAUACACCUUCAAGCAUUUUCCUGAUGCUCAGAAAGGCGAGUGGUUCGGCUAUUUGACACAAGAAGGGAAAGUGGCACUGGAUUUUAAAGGAGGCCCCUUUAAAGGGUUCUUCCAUGUGCCUCGCUGCCUGUACAUGUGUGAGCGUAUUCUGGAUGAUAUGCUGGCAAACAAGGACUGAGCAUUUUGACACGAUUGUUCACAAAAAAACAAACAAUCAGGUUAUGAAGCAAAUUGCACUCAUUUUUAAAUAUGCUUUGCUGUAAAGUUAGUUGUUGAUCUCAUUGAAAACAUGCUGGCACAGAGCAGCUCAUAGUGUUUAUAUUAAAGGUAUAAGAAAUAUUACUUUAUAAAACAAUAGUGUUCUUUAUAUUAUUUGAUUUGGCAUUAAUGUGAGAUACUUUCUGUGAGAUGUUUUUGAUCUGACUUUGCACCGACAUGACUCUCCCCUGCAGGGACUGAGAAGAGAUCCUACCAACAAUGGUCCAGGUAGCCUUUGAUGAUUGGCAGGGUUUACACUCCACAUUCACACAGUCUGCACAUUGAGAAAGAGAAACCUGUCCUCCCUCAUCAUAUACCAAACAUGAUCAUCAAAAAUGUGUUUAUAUGUCAAAAUGUGUCUUACAAAUGCAGCAUACUAAAUGUUUAAACCUUUUUAUGGAACUUGUAUAUACAUCCAUUCCAGUUAUUACAUCUAGUUUAACAACCAAGCUAGAAGCAAAUGGAUGGCUUUUUUAUCUGUAGACAGGCUAAUACAUGUAUCUCAUUUUGUAUUGAAAUAUUGCAAUCUUAUAAAAUAAAUGUGAAAUACCUAAA